AUGAUCUUUGUGGAUGCAACUUUCUUAACCGGCAAGUUCAAGGGAUGCCUUAUGUCAGCUACCGGGAAAAAUGCUAAUCAAGAUGCACUCAGGAAUUUUUCCUUUGGCUAUGGAAUUGUUUUCGGGAAAAAUGUUGAUAAUUGGCGUUGGUUCUUGAACAAGUUAAAGGAUAUAUUGAGGACUUCUCUCCCGUUAACCUUCAUCUCGGAUCACCAUGAUGGCCUUGUUUAUGCCAUUAAAGGAUUUCGUGACGGUAUGGCUAAGUUGAAGGAGAUGGGUUGCGAUGGUCUUCAUGAAUUCUUGAGUGAUCUUCCUGUAGAAUGCUGGUCAACAACACAUUGUAAAGGAUGUAGAUUUGGAGAUAUGUGUUCAAAUAUUGCUGAAUCGUUCAACAAUUGGGUCACUUAUGCGAAGAUUUUUCCUGUUGCUGCUUUAGUGAAUGAGAUUUGUAUCAAGAUCAUGGAUCAGAUGAAUAAGAGACGACUGAAAGGUGCGUCAUAUUCACGGUUUGUCUGUCGGAGGAUUGAAAAAAGAAUUAAAAAGUCUAUUCAUGAUGGUGGUAGUUUGAGAAUUACCAAGUGUGGCGACCUUAUUUUUGAAGUACAAGGUGAUCAUUCAUUUGUCGUUGAUCUGAAUAAGUGGUAUUGCAGCUGUUACAAGUGGUUUACCUAUCAGUUCCCUUGUGAUCAUGCCAUUCAGUGUAUGGUUUCAUCCAAACUCUCCGUCUAUGAGUUUCUGAAUCCGUUUUUCAGCAUUAGUUUCUUCCGGGCUUCGUAUUCGCAGUCUAUCAACCCCGUUCCUAUUAAUAAAGCCAAGAAGGGUUGCCGCGGGAGAGAUGUUGCUUCUACCUUAUGUGACUGA